UUGUCAGAUUCAGCGCGUGUGGGGAGGUGGGUCAGAUUCAGCGCAGCUCCGCCGCAGCGCAGCGCUCAACAAACAUCAGCCUCAAAAGAGAAUCAACAUGAGCGAUCACUGAACCACUCUGAUCCGCCUGCUCAACUGACGGCCAUUCACUUGGCUUCGUUUCAUUCUUACUUUGAUCCUCGGAUAUCCGGCAAACUGUCUAAUCUGGAGGAGGACGGGGAGCGAGCUCUGCUUUGCAAAUGAUUUUCCUGUUCCAGACCAGCAUGGCCAUGACGGGAGGCAUGGCAGCGCCACUCCCGAUGAGCAACCAUACACGUGAGAGAGUCACGGUGGCCAAACUCACGCUGGAGCACUUCUACAGCACCCUGCUCACCCAGCACGAGGAGCGGGAGAUGAGGCAGAAGAAGCUGGAGAAGGUGAUGGAUGAGGAGGGUUUACCUGAUGAAGAGAAGAGUAUGAGGCGCUCUCUGCACGCUCGUAAGGAGACCGAGUUUCUGCGGCUUAAGAGGACCCGCCUUGGUCUCGAUGACUUUGAGUCCCUCAAAGUGAUCGGGAGAGGAGCGUUUGGAGAGGUCCGCCUGGUUCAGAAAAAGGACACUGGUCACAUUUAUGCCAUGAAGAUCCUCAGGAAAGCAGACAUGUUAGAGAAAGAACAGGUGGCUCAUAUCCGGGCCGAGAGAGAUAUCCUGGUGGAGGCUGAUGGCGCCUGGGUAGUGAAGAUGUUCUACAGCUUUCAAGAUAAACGCAAUCUGUAUCUCAUCAUGGAGUUUCUGCCUGGAGGAGAUAUGAUGACUCUGCUGAUGAAGAAAGACACGCUGUCGGAAGAAGCUACACAGUUCUAUAUUGCAGAGACGGUCCUGGCCAUUGACUCUAUUCACCAGCUGGGCUUCAUUCACAGAGACAUCAAACCUGACAACCUGCUGCUCGACUCACGGGGCCAUGUCAAACUGUCUGACUUUGGCCUCUGCACAGGCUUGAAGAAGGCCCAUCGGACUGAAUUUUACAGGAACCUCACACACAACCCUCCCAGUGACUUCUCCUUCCAAAACAUGAAUUCAAAAAGGAAAGCAGAAACAUGGAAGAAGAACCGAAGACAGCUGGCAUAUUCAACCGUCGGGACACCAGAUUAUAUCGCCCCUGAGGUAUUCAUGCAGACGGGCUACAACAAGCUGUGUGACUGGUGGUCUCUUGGAGUGAUAAUGUACGAGAUGUUGAUAGGCUACCCACCCUUCUGUUCCGAGACGCCACAGGAAACUUACAGGAAGGUCAUGAACUGGCGAGAAACGCUAAUUUUCCCCCCCGAAGUCCCCAUUUCAGAGAGAGCAAAGGACUUGAUCCUUAGGUAUUGCACAGAUGCGGAAAACAGGAUUGGAUCAGUAAGUGUGGAUGAAAUCAAAUCUCACCAGUUCUUUGAGUCUGUGGACUGGGAGCAUAUCAGAGAGAGACCUGCUGCUAUUUCCAUUGACAUCAAGAGCAUUGAUGAUACGUCCAACUUUGAUGACUUUCCAGAGUCAGACAUUCUACAGCCAGUGACAAAUGUAACAGAACCAGAUUUCAAGUCCAAGGACUGGGUUUUCCUUAACUACACCUACAAACGUUUUGAGGGAUUGACACAGCGUGGCACCAUCCCCACUUACAUGAAGGCGGGCAAGGCGUGAAACUGGCACUGAUGGUCUGGAAGAGAAGGAUUAGAAUGUAAAUGACAAUUCAAAUGCAGAUUUCUGCAGAUGAAAAGCUUAUGCACUGCCGCUUUGAGCUACACAGUAGACCUGUUCUCAGAGGAGUCCCUGGGGACGAUAAAAGGGAAAAUGCGGAAAAAAAGCAUAAUAAUUAUAUGGCCAAACAUAUGGAGAGACUCUCUUGUCCUGCUGCUUAGCUAAAAGGAGACACAAAUGUUGUCCAAAUGCUCUUCAACACUGGAUCAAACAGGGUCACAGAUAAAAAAAAAAAAAAAGGGAAGCAGAUACAUCACUGAAGCCUUACGUUCAGAAAACAGAGGAUGUUUUAACCUCGAACCUCUUAGUUGACUAAACUGCAAUAAAGUUAAUUUCUCUCAGUCAUUUUUAAGCUUCUUUCCCCCAGGAAGUUGAGAAUCUGUAUAAACCCAAAUGAAACAUGUACACUGUUAGACACACUGUAUGAUAUAGUUAACUACCUGAUGCUGAAUAUUUCCCACAAGUGUAUUUUGUGUUUUUGUGCAGUUGUUUUAAUGUAUGAUUGCAACCUACCUAGAAGAAACUUGAAGAAGAGGAGUUUUGGUUUCUGUUUAUGUCAGUGCCAGUGAGCAGCCAGCCCUCCUCUACCUGUUCCCUGUGCAUUUCAUCCACACAGUGAUGUAGUUGAUUCAUUUUUGUUUGAUUGUGAGUGUUGUUGACCUAUGCAACCAUUUUUGUAGUUCUGUUGCAACACAUGCAAGAUGUAGCUUCAGUCAGUGGUUUUAAAGGGAAGAUAAAUAAUGCUAAAAACUUGCCCUCCUUUAUGUAAUAAUUAAGUUUUAGAAAUCUACAGGGUUUAAAAGGAUGAAAAUAAUCAGCUGAAUUGCAAGAACAUUUUACAUAUCGGCAUAAUUAACUUAAGAUGAUCAAAGCUUUAACCAAAUAACAACUACGUAAUGGAGAACACAAAUUGGUAAGUUAACUUCCAGUGUAUGGCUGUUAAAAGAUUUGGCGUUAUUGUAUAUGGAGUAUGAGACAUCACAGCCAGUAACGUUAAAUAUUUCUUACAAGCUGUCUUAGUUGUUAGUGGAGGAUAUUUAGUGACUGGACACCUGCUGUUAUGCAUGACUACAAGUACUAGACAGGCUGAAAAGAGAGCAAAUGCUGUAGCUUAUGUGUAAAAGAUUGGUGCUGGGGGUUUUUACUUAAUAUAUUCACUUUUUUGUUUAGUUUUUUGCUUUGUUAAAUGUUUACUUGGUGUAAAAAUGUAAAAGCAAGAAAUAAAUGUUAAAAAUAUGGAAAGUU